CUUCAAGCCCUGAGGCGCGGGCAGAGAGGCGGGGCCCGGCGAAGCAUGUUCCCUGUCGCCGGCGAGGAGGGCGGCAGCGGCAGCGGCAGCAGCCCUGUUCUUGCCGGGAGGUGAGGAUGCCUCAGGGAGGCGGCCCGCUGCCCCCGCCCAAGAGACCGAAGCUGGCCUUCGCCACGGCGCCCCUCGGUUCGGCCCCGCGCAGAGCGAUGUUGCUGGCGGCGCCCGGACCCAAGCGCCACACGGCGCCCGCCUCCACCGCCGGCUCCUCCUCGGGGCUCGACAGCCAGAGACGCAGCCUGCCCAUCUUCCAGGCGCGGGGGACUCUGCUCGGGCAGCUCCGGAGCUUAGACUGCGCCGUCCUCAUCGGGGAAACAGGCUCAGGCAAGACAACUCAGAUCCCGCAGUACCUCUAUGAAGGAGGGAUUGGGCGCCAAGGGAUCGUUGCUGUGACCCAACCUCGCCGUGUGGCCGCUAUAUCCUUAGCCACCAGAGUCUCGGAUGAGAAGAAAACAGAGCUGGGGAAACUGGUUGGUUACACGGUACGCUUUGAGGACCUCACUUCUGAGGAGACGAAAAUCAAGUUCCUGACCGAUGGGAUGCUGCUGCGAGAAGCCAUUGGGGACCCCCUCAUGACCAAGUACAGCGUCGUCAUUUUGGACGAAGCACAUGAGAGGACAAUCCACACCGAUGUGCUAUUUGGAGUGGUGAAAGCAGCACAGAAGAGGCGGAAGGAACUGGGGAAAUCGCCACUGAAAAUAAUCAUAAUGUCAGCUACUAUGGAUGUCGACCUGUUUUCCCAGUAUUUCAAUGGCGCUCCUGUCCUUUACCUCGAAGGCAGGCAACACCCCAUCCAGAUCUUCUACGCUAAGCAAUCUCAAAGCGAUUACUUCCAAGCAGCUCUAGUGACAGUUUUCCAAAUCCACCAGGAAGCUCCUCCGCCUCAGGAUAUCCUGGUGUUUCUGACGGGUCAGGAAGAGAUCGAAGCAAUGACCAAAACCUGUCGGGACAUUGCAAAGCAACUUCCUGACGGUUGCCCUCAGAUGGUGGUGAUGCCUCUCUAUGCUUCUCUGCCUUAUUCACAACAGCUCCGGGUCUUCCAGACUGCACCCAAAGGUUAUCGCAAAGUAGUUCUUUCUACCAACAUUGCUGAGACCUCCAUCACCAUUGCAGGCAUUAAAUAUGUUGUGGACACAGGCAUGGUUAAAGCGAAGAAGUAUAGUCCCGAAAGUGGUUUGGAAGUGCUGGCGGUCCAGCGGGUGUCAAAGGCCCAGGCUUGGCAGCGGGCAGGCCGGGCCGGGCGAGAAGACAGCGGGCUUUGCUACCGCCUCUACACCGAAGAUGAGUUUGAGAAGUUUGACAAAAUGACGAUACCAGAGAUCCAAAGGUGUAACCUAGCUGGUGUGAUGCUCCACCUCCUAGCUCUGAGAAUCCCGAACGUCCUUACCUUUGACUUCAUGUCAAAACCAUCUCCAGAAGCGCUCCAGGCAGCCGUUGAGCAACUGGCCCUCCUUGGCGCAGUGGAAAGGAAAGACGACCAGCUGAUCCUCACCCCACUGGGAAGGAAGAUGGCUGCAUUUCCUCUGGAGCCCAAGUUCUCCAAAACCAUCCUGAUGGCCCCCAAGUUCCACUGCACAGAGGAGAUCCUCACCAUUGUCUCCCUGCUCUCCGUGGACAGUGUCCUCUACAACCCCCCUUCACGGCGGGAUGAAGUACAAGCCGUCCGGAAGAAAUUCAUCUCGAGUGAAGGGGAUCACAUCACGCUGCUGAACAUCUACCGAGCUUUCAAAAACAUCAGUGGCAAUCGAGAAUGGUGCAAAGAAAACUUUGUGAACAGCAGGAAUAUGAUGCUGGUCUCAGACGUCAGAGCUCAGCUCAGGGACAUUUGUAUCAAGCUUUCGAUGCCGCUGGAGUCCUCCCGAUCCGACACAGGGAACAUCCGCCGCUGCCUGGCGCACAGCCUCUUCAUGAACACGGCCGAGCUGCAGGCAGACGGCACCUACGCCACGACUGACACACACCAGCUGGUGGCCAUCCACCCCUCCUCCGUCCUCUUCCACUGCAAGCCGGCCUGCGUCACGUACAACGAGCUGCUCCACACCAACAAGUGCUAUAUGAGGGACCUGUGCGUGGUUGAUGCCGACUGGCUUUACGACGCAGCACCCGAAUACUUCCGCCGGAAGCUCAGAGCAGCCAAGAACUGACCCGGGGACAAGGGAAGGAAAACCUACCCACCUAACCUUCAUUGGCCUGAGCAGCAUUCGCUCUCGGCCAACUCCGGGGCUGCAUGCCAGUGGCAGAUGCCACCAGGCCGCAUUUUUGCAUGCACACCUGCAUCGGACGCAUGCAUGCACAGGCACGCAACCCUCCCUGCUCAUCAGGCGAUCAACCCGGCAAUUGGGUGGAGAGAUUUAAGCCUCUCUGCCCACCCCCAGCAUUGCGUCUACAUAAUUUUUAUUUCUCUUCUUGCUGUAUUGCCAAAACUGGUGGGGCCUUAAGCGGGAUGGGAAGAAAAUGGACUGAGAGCUGUGGGUUAGCCACCCUGGCCAAAGAAUUUGGGGAAGUGGGGUUUUUUGGGGGGAACUGAAUGCACAGGGAUUUGAGACUUUCCCCACUGAUCAGAGAAUUGCUUCCCAAGCGGCUGGACCUUGCACAUCUGCAUCCACUCGUGAGCAAGUGUUUCCUGUAAAGUCUCUUUCAAAAGGAGCCUUGUGCGGGUUACAUUGUGCCAACCACAUCUGCAUCUGUGCAGCAGCAACUGGGUAACUGAAGUUUCAUUCCAAACAAUCCCUUCUGUUAUUGUGCCAAAAUGUAUGUCUUAGGGCAUCCGUGUCCUCUUAUCUGAGGGAGGACAGAAGAGUUUGGAGCUCAGUAAAUUGGAAAAGAGGUGUGUACCCAAAGAAAGCAGUUCUAUUUAUUUGAAAAUGGCCUGGAAACAGACUUUGUCAACCCUGUGGUUUUGCGUUUUUGUGUCACAGUAACAUGAAUCGUUUUGCAAGGGAGAGCAGUCUUUCAAGGCACACUUCCUUUUAGUUAUGAGAUGCUAAUUUUUCUCUUUCCCUCAUUCGCCAUUGCUCAUCUCAGGGGUGGAGAAUCUUUUCCAGACUGAGGGACACGUCCCUCCCUGGGCAGACCUGCAGGGUCAGAGGCAAGACAACAGCUGAGACUCCAACCUUUGUGCAGCAGGCUAUGUUCCAGCCUUGCAAAAUCCAGGCACACAAACACCCCUCCAUCAGGGCAAGGAAAAGGUGUUACCGCAGUCAAGGACACAUCCUAGCCAGGCAAAAGGAGUGAGGCAGGGGCGGUGCAAGGCCAAAGAGGAGCAUGGCCUAGUAAGAAUCCCAAGAGCCAGAGAGAAAUGUGAAAGACUUAAUUUGCCCUCUUCCGGGCCUGAAGUCCCCCCCCCCCCAAUUCUAGUUUAGCUUGGAAGUCCACUUUGUGCACUUUUGCACCACGGUAGGUAGCACUAGUUGUUCCGUGCUUAAUUUCAGGGAGGAGAAAGAUAACAGCUGCUCAAAACUAGCAGCAUCACCCUCUGAACCUAAAGCUCAUAACCCUUGAUUGAUAGCAACUUUUGCCAUGCUGGUGAACCUCCAGCUCUUUUGGACUGCAACUCCCAUCAGCCCCCAGCCACUUGCCAAUCAGAGGAGAUAAUCCCGUGGUUGUCAUAAGGACUAGGAAUUGUGCCAUCUUGAAACUCCACAUCUUGCUUGUGUUGUUGACAGCCGCAACAUGAACAGUUACAGAGCAGUGGGGGGGGAGAACCUUUUAUUGUGAGAACAAGGGAGAUACCAACACAGUCUAUUUUGCCAGUAGGUUGGCUCCUCUGGGGAAAAAGCACCUGAACUGCGUAAUAGAGAACGAAGAUGUCCCUCUGGGGGAAGGCUGGAGACCUGCCAAAAAGCCACUAGAUAGCUGACAAAGACAGAAAACUGUUCUUUCCCCAUUCAUUUCAGCAGCACUCCCCACACUUGAGUACAAAAGGUGAGACCAGUCAUCCGGUUAAUGACUAGCCUGGUCACCAUCAGGGGCAAGAAAUCCCAUGAAGGCAAGCGAGCAUCUGGUAGAAAAGAGGUCGAUUCCUCCAUUCCUUCUCCACCAGCCUGGUUGGCAAAAAAGCAGUUUAAUAAAAAUAAAUCACCUAAAUUCAUGCUGGUUGCAGAUAAGGGAACUUGCUCUGCCACCACUUCUGUGGUCAACAUGGAAAUGUAGGGCACUAACCACUUAGAAUCAUAGUGUUGGAAGAGACCACAAGGGCCAUCCAGUCCAACCCCCUGCCAAGCAGGAAACACAAUCAAAGCAUUCUUGACAUAUGGCUGCCAAGCCUCUUCUUAAAGACCUCCAAAGAAGGAGACUCCACCACACUCCUUGGCAGCAAAUUCCACUGUCGAACAGUUCUUACUGUCAGGAAGUUCUUCCUAAUGUUUAGGUGGAAUCUUCUUUCUUGUAGUUUGAAUCCAUGGCAUCCUUUUAUAUAUUUGAACAUGGCUAUCAUAUCACCCCUUAACCUUCUCUUCUCUGGGCUAAACAUACCCAGCUCCCUAAGCCGUUCCUCAUAAGGCAUCGU